AUGUCACUGAUUGUUGCUUUGAUACUCGGCAUUGGGCAUGAAAUUGAAGAUGAAAUAGCCUAUCAAUUAGGAAAGAAAGGAAUAUGCGUUGCAUAUUAUUCUAAGAAUAAAAAAAAUGACCUUGAGCGAAUAACAAAAAUAUUGAGCGAUGAAGACAUUCAACCAAACUUUAUUUUACUGGAUACUGCUGACAAUGUAAUUCAACGACUUGACGAAGAAUUCGGAAAAUUAGAUGUACUAAUCAAUGUUGGAAUAUUACUUGACAAUGGUCAGUUUAAAAUCAAUCUACUGACAUCAACAAAAUUCGAAGCGAACGACUUUUUCGAUACGUUGCAUGCAUCCGAAAAAUUCAUUCCUAUAUUACAAAAAUCGCCUUCAAGUUCUGUGAUUAAUGUGUAUACUCAAACCAAAGGAGCAUCGCUCAGUGCACUAGUGCAAAACUGUACAGCGAAGAUGGCUGAACAUCAGU